UUUUAUUGAUAUAUUUCUUUGCACCAUCUUUAUUUUGUUAAAUUUUUGUAUAUAGUAUAUUGUUUUCUUAGGGUGAGGUUGUAGAAAAGUCAAUUGUGCACAUGGAAACUUUUACAUCCCCUUUCUGUUUUUUUCGUGGUAUCCAAACGCGCAAAUAAAUACACCAAAAUAUACACUUUUUGUUUGUGGUUAGUCGAAACAAUCCAUAUAUGAGUGAGACUGUAGUAAAAAAAAAUCAAUUUAUAUUAGGAAUUUUAAAAAGCUUGAAGCAGUGUAUCACAGAUUAUGGCUCACACUGCCGCUCAGUGAUAAGAGCGGGUACUGCGUGAUGACGCGCCCUCCCUGCACUAGAUACGUAUCUCUACGUAACGACGUAAACACGUGCACUCCGCUGCUUCCAGGUUACAGUUUUUUUCAUCAACCGUCAUCCUCGCGCUCCAGCAUCACUCCCUGACAACAGCAGCGAUGGCGGAGCCCGUAGCAUCGGAUGCGGCGGCCACAACGGACGCAGCAGAAGCGACAGCAUCCCCGACCCCGGGCCUCUCUCCCGCGGCCAGCCCGGGCUCGGAGCCUCCAUCCAUGGCUCUGUCCCCAACGGCGGACGGCUCCCAGCGACUACUCUUCUCCCACGACCUGGUCUCCGGGCGGUAUCGCGGCUCAGUCCGGUUUGGCCUGGUACGGAUGAUCCACGGCGAGGAGGAUUUUAACUCAGACUCGGACCUCGACGAUGGCGGAGGAAGAGGCGGCGGCGGAGGUGGAGGCGGAGGAGGUGGCGGCGGAGGAGGAGGAGGAGGACGAGUCCCGUGUGGUUCGGACACUGAGAGCGCUGUGGACACCCCGAGUCGGCCUCUCUGUAGGGGAUUUGUCCGCGUCCAGUGGUACCCUGAAGGAGGAAAGCAGGACAUCAGGGAGACAAAGCUGAAACUUGAAGAUCGAUCCAUCGUCAUUCGAGACAUCGUGCGACGGAACAACUCUAACGACAACCAGUGUGGCAUUGUGACCAACAUUGACAUCGAGUGUGCAGUGAAACUAGUGGGAACAAGCUGUGUUCUGUAUCCAGUUAACAGCAAAGACCUGCAGCACAUCUGGUCUUUUAUGUACGGUGACUAUAUCGCCUACGACUUCUGGCUGGGGAAAGUGUAUGACCUGACUAAUCACAUCAUCCUCAAGCUCUCCAACGGAGCCAGGUGCUCCAUGAGUGUGGAGGACGGUGCCAAGCUUUACGACGUCUGUCCACAUGUCAGCGACUCGGGUCUGUUCUUCGAUGAGGCGUAUGGUUUCUACCCAGGCCAGGUCCUGAUUGGUCCGGCUAAAGUCUUCUCUAACGUUCAGUGGCUUUCAGGAGUCAAACCGGUCCUCAGCCGGAAGUGCAAGUUCAGGGUGGUCGUAGAAGAGGUAAAAGUGGUUGAACUGAAGGUGACAUGGAUCACGAAGAGCUACUCUCCCAAAGGUUCAGACAGCGUCUAUCCGCCUCCCUCCACCAUCACACAGGAGAAUCUCUGCCGGGUGCGGCGUCUAGGGUACUACGACCACACCCAGAGGCAGCUGGGAGAGAGGGCGCUAUAUGUUUUCCCAGCUAAGGGGGAUGCCACGCGCAUUACCUGUGAAGGACCGGAGGGUGCCCCUGUCCUUCCCGAAGACCCCGUGGCCAGAAAGUUGAAAAGGAUGUUCAAGAAGGAUUUGGGGAAGAAGACGGAGAACACCGACGCGCAAGGGGAGCACAAAUCAGAGCAGACAGACUCGUCUCAUCCCAACAACAACAACGGCCCCGUGGUGCCCAUCCAGAACCCUCUGGACUCCCAGAACACCAACGACACCUCGGCUGAACACGGAGAGCAGGACGCUGACGACGAAGCUGCAGAAGACACUGACGAUACCAGCUCUCUGACGUCAUCGGCCAGCUCCACAGCCUCUUCUCAGAGCGGCGGUCUGGGAACCAACCGUAAGAAAAGCAUCCCGCUCUCCAUCCGCAACCUGAAGAGGAAGCACAAGAAGAAGAGGACCAAGUUCUCCCGCGAGUUCAAGCCUGGAGACCGGGUUGCAGUGGAGGUUGUAUCCACAAAGACGACGGCUGAUGUGAUGUGGAAGGACGGGCGGGUGGAAAAGGGGAUCCGAUCAAACGACCUCAUCCCCAUUCAGCAUCUGGACAGCCACGAGUUCUGCCCCGGGGACUUCGUAGUAGACAAACGGCCCCAAGCCCUUCAGGACCCGGGAGUGUACGGUGUGAUCCAGUCUGGUGAUCACAAGGGCAGAACAUGUGUCGUCAAGUGGAUCAAACUCAACUCCAGCAGCGACGACGUGGAGGUUAUCGGUAUGGAGGAGGAUGUCAGCGUGUAUGACAUCGCAGAUCAUCCAGAUUUCCACUUCCGCACCACCGACAUCGUCAUCAGAAUAUGGAACUCAGAGAACGGACACAACGACUGCGAAAAUGAGACGUCAGUCGGCCAGGUGUCCAGGGUGGAUGUGAGCAGUAAAGUGGAGGUGGUGUGGGCGGAUAACUCCAUGACAAUCGUCCUGCCGCAGCAUCUCUACAACGUGGAGUCUGAGAUCGAGGAGACCGACUACGACUCAGUGGAAGAGACGAGCAGCGUCCUGUCCACUGAGGAGUGGGAGGACGAGAGCGACAGCUGGGAGACAGAUAACGGUCUCACCACUGAGGACGACAGUCACGUCAACAAUGCAGAUGUCAUCGACACGGCUACCCCGACCCCCACCCCCACCGGCUCCUCAACGUUCAUCAUCCCCCCUCAGGAGGGCAGCAAAGCUGGGGUCACCAGUCCCACCAAAGGAGCCCCUGGAGAGGAGGGAGAGGCGUCUGUGGCUGCUGCUAGCCCUGCUUCUGGAGGAGGAUCUUGUUUUACACUUCUAAAUUCUGCUUGCUUAGGAACGACUCCAGGAGCAGUGAACGGAGCGGAGAAGCCCAGUAAAGAUGGUGCCUCUCGGGGCUUCAGGGAGCUAAAAGAGGCCCUGAAGAUCCUGGAGAGCCUGAAGAACAUGACCGUGGAGCAGCUCUGGACUGGCGGUUCCCCGACCUCCCCAACCUCCGCUGAACCUGCUUCCACAACGAAUGUAGCGAGUUCAGUGACGCCCACUGCCCCCGAGAAACCGACCAAGGAGAAACGCUUCCUGGAUGACAUCAAGAAGCUGCAGGAGAACCUGAGGAAGACGCUGGACAACGUGGCCAUCGUGGAGGAGGAGAAGAUGGAGGCUGUGGUGGAGGCAGGGGGGAGUGGAGGAGCGGGGACAGAGGUAGAGAGAGUUGGAGAAGAAAAGCCCCAGCAGGAGCCUCAGACACCCGUGGGUGGACAAGAGUGGCCCAGCGAGUUUCUCAGUGACACACCAGUGCUGUGCCAACAGAGUGGUGGUAAACCUGGCGUCACCUUCACCAGUGCCAAGGGAGAGGUGUUCUCUGUGCUGGAGUGGGCACCAGACACACACUCAUUUAAGAAAAUGGAGUUUCAGCCAGCGGAGGCAAAGAAGUUCUUCAGUACAGUGAGGAAGGAGAUGGCUCUGCUGGCAACGUCAUUGCCAGACGGCAUCAUGGUCAAAACAUUUGAGGAUCGCAUGGACCUUUUCUCAGCCCUGAUCAAAGGGCCGACUCGAACGCCCUACGAGGACGGUCUCUUCCUGUUUGACAUCCAGCUGCCAAACAUCUACCCAGCCGUGCCGCCUCUGUUCCGCUACCUGUCGCAGUGCAGCGGCCGCCUCAACCCCAACCUCUACGACAACGGCAAAGUCUGCGUCAGCCUGCUGGGCACCUGGAUCGGCAAGGGCACUGAGAGAUGGACCAGCAAGUCCAGUCUGCUGCAAGUUCUCAUCUCCAUACAAGGCCUUAUCCUCGUCAACGAGCCUUACUAUAACGAGGCCGGCUUUGACAGUGACAGAGGCCUACAGGAAGGAUACGAGAACAGCCGCUGCUAUAACGAGAUGGCCCUCAUCAAGAUGGUCCAGUCUAUGACGCAGCUCCUCCAGAAUCCCGUGGAGGUCUUCAAACAGGAGAUCCAGGAGCACUUUGCUUCUAACGGCUGGCGGCUCGUCCACCGUCUGGAGGCUUGGCUCGAGCUGCACGACGGCGCUGAGCGAGGUCAGGCGGCGCACAGGGCUCACCACUCAAAAGACCGACCCUCAUCUGUGGAGCCUCUGGAUGAGCAGGGACCCGUGGCGGUGGCUCACAGCAGCCCCACUAAGCCCGGGGAGGAGGGGGUCACGGGAGUUAGCAGUAUUAUGGAGGAGGAGCUGGAGGAUUCAGGGCUGAGUCCCUCCACCACAGCCGCCUCUCUGAGCCACAACUCAGACUGCGACAGCACCCAGGGGAGCACCUCUCUGGGUGGUGAAAACAGGGGCGGCUCCUCGGUCGCCUGCUCUGUAGUCCGGGGCGGGACGUCAGAAUCAGGUCCAGCCACGGUUAGCGGAGGAGGCUCCACAGGAAGCCAGCCAGUGGUGCGACCAAAGAAACGGAGAAAGAGCUACCGGAGUUUCCUCCCUGAAGGCAGCGGCUACCCGGACAUCGGCUUUCCACUCUUCCCGCUCUCUAAGGGGUUUGUGAAGAGCGUUCGAGGUGUGCUGCUGCAGUACCGAGCUGCGCUGGCCGCCGCUGCCAUCACUGAGCACACAGAGGACAAUGUCUCUUCAGAUGAGUGUGAUGGCUAAAGAGGAGCGGACCUCACAUGCGCUCAACCAUUUGCACAAACCUUUGGGAGCUACCCUGUCACAUAGGAACCCUCAUCUGUUCAUGGACGCAGGUAAACACACGGAGCUUUUUACAGGAGGCCGACAAAAGUUUCUCUUUCGGCCUCAGCAGGACUUUCGGUGGAUGCAGAAAGGACUGAAUGAAAUGAGAAAUCAGUGCCAUGAACCCUCUUCCACCCUCCUCAUCCACCAGUCACCACACGGGUGGAGUUUUUGCCGGAUAAAACCACUCUGUCGUCUCAAUCAGCGUGACUCGUGAUUGUCGCUGCAUUUUGGACGAGGUCAAAAAUGGCUGAAAAACUGCAAAACCCAACUCUCCUGGCUGUCGGGUCGACUGCGGCUAACUGUAGCACUACUGAUAUUAUCGCUGUACCAUCCUGCACUACAAAAAACGAAUGGACAAUCUGGUCUGGGAGAGGUGAAUACACCAACCAGGAGGAAUCUUUUUAAAUAGAAAUCACUGGUUGUACGCUUUCUGCCAAAUUUUGUUCACACACACACACACACACACACACACACACAAUAUUCAAAGUACUGAAUGUCAGUAAAACUGCCAACCACAACAGCUUCACCACUUACCACUUCUUCCACUACACUUACUGGUAUUUUUCCUUCGCCAAUCACUCAAACUGAACCACGCAGCAAACAUCGAGUGACAAAGUUUACAUACGAAUCACCUCUGGAGGUCAGACUGCUGUUUUUGGUGCGCAGAUAAGCCAGCCAGGCACAGGACGACAGUCAGGUGGCUCUAUGUGAAGCUGUUUGUGCUCUAGUCAAAGCUUAACACAGCCGCCGCCUCCACAUACAAACGCUCACUUUCUGUAGAAUUUAAGUUCACCAAAACAGACCUGCUGUUUUGGUGCUUUGGUGUUCUGGUGUGUUUUGAGUCGUUUUACUCUCAUAGGUUGUAGUGUUUCCGAGCGGAUGAGCUUUACCCACUAUGCUCCACUUUUCGGUGACCGAGGUGAGCCCACAUCACUGCAAAUGACACAAUUUAAAGAGUAAACAAAAAAAAAAAAAAACAUACAGCAUCCAUUCCGUCAUCUCAUGUCAACAUGUUGCCUUACUUGAAUCGUUCUUAAUAAUCUCAGAUCAUUGUGUACAGAGCUGCUUGUGUCAUGCUUUAGACAUUAACCUAUACAGGCCGAGGCACUAAAAACCACUAAAACCCUGUUCCAGUGUUUUCCUCCUUGAAAUUGCAGAUCUCUGAUCAUGUUUCCCCCUUUAUCAUUUCUUAAAGGGACAGUUUACCCAAAAAUCAAAAUCAUUUUCCUCUCACCUGUAGUGCUAUUUAUUUAUCUAAAUUGUUUUGGUGUGAGUUGCCAAGUGUUUGCGGCUGUGGAGAUCGGCUGUCUGCCUGCUCUCAAAUAUAAUGGAACGUGUGGUGCUCAAUAUGCCAAAAAAUACAUGUAAAAUCAUGACCUGGUUCCAUGUAGGAAUUUGUUUUUUCUCUACUGAACUACACCGGCUUACCGUAUCACCACGCAGACGGAGGCAUGCAACUACUGCCAGCUCCCCUAGCACCACUGAGCCAGCAUACGUAAUGCUAGGUUCACACUGGACGCGGUAGCGCCCUGAUAUGUUAAUUGUUGUGUUGUCACCCGUCAGCAAUUGCCUGUCCGUUGGCACCAGGGGUGCCUUUGUCCACACCGGUCAGCAGCAGUUCUCAUUCUCUGCUCUUUUUUAAUCACGUGGAGAGAUCUGUCCCUGCCUCUCUGUCCCUGCUUGCUUGUGUGUCUCUGACUGUGUGUCAGUUUUUGUC